UUAAAAAUUUUCGCCAUCAAAAGAGAACCCGGAAGGAAAGAAGGCAAACGCUACCUUUUUGCAAACGGACCAAAUCAACAAGAUAUUAGUUUUAGCUAUAGAGCAUACCUCGUUGAUCAAAAUUACAAUCCACUCACCCACCCCAUUUCUUUUGGUUUUCUUUUCUGUGAUCGACGAACUUUCCUUUUAGGUUUUGGCAGAUUUUCCAAAGAGAAAGGAUCAGAGGCAUCGAUGGGUCAAGCUUUUCGCAAGCUCUUCGAUACUUUCUUCGGCAACUCCGAGAUGCGGGUUGUGAUGCUUGGACUGGAUGCAGCUGGCAAAACAACUAUACUGUACAAGCUGCACAUUGGAGAAGUUUUAUCAACUGUUCCUACAAUUGGUUUCAAUGUGGAGAAAGUUCAAUAUAAGAAUGUGAUAUUCACUGUUUGGGAUGUUGGAGGGCAAGAAAAAUUGAGGCCACUCUGGAGGCAUUACUUUAACAAUACAGAUGGGCUGAUCUAUGUUGUUGAUUCCUUAGAUCGCGAGAGAAUUGGAAAAGCAAAGGCAGAGUUUCAGGCCAUCAUCAAGGAUCCAUUUAUGCUCAACAGUGUUAUCUUGGUGUUUGCCAAUAAACAAGACAUGAAAGGAGCAAUGACACCAAUGGAAGUAUGUGAAGGACUUGGUCUGUUUGAUCUCAAGAACAGAAAAUGGCAUAUACAAGGGACUUGUGCCCUUAGGGGAGAUGGCCUUUAUGAAGGCUUGGACUGGCUAGCUGGAACUCUCAAGGAAAUGAAAGCUGCUGGAUACUCUUCAGUUGGCACCUCAUCUUUCUAAUUGUCCAGGGUUGUAAGUGGCCUUGGUUCUGUCAAUUGAUAAAGCUGACAAGUCAGCCAUUUGGACAUCAGAAGAUCCUGACUUGUAUAAAUUUUUGGGCUGUUCUAAAGCUGAUGAAGUUUAGUAGGUGCUUAUUAUCAGGCCUUGACACUGAAACAUGUGAUUUCCUCCAAUGUAUAUUGCAGACGCAGGCCCUGCCUUUGAUAAAUAUAAUUCCAAUCUGGGGAUCUAUGUAUGCUUUGAAUUGUCUCCUAGAAUACUGUUUGCAUAUAUUCUAAAUACUAUAUAGAAGGUUAAUGACA